AUGGCCUGCAUCGAUGUAUUGAGAACCAGGUUUCACUUUUAUGACAAAAUGUAUAGUCAUGAUUUACGUGAACAAAGCUUUGCUGACUGGCCAUUUAGAGAGGAAUGUAACUGCACACCUGAGAAGAUGGCCAGAGCUGGGUUUGUCCACUGCCCCAGUGAGAACGAGCCUGAUGUUGCGUGCUGUUUCUUCUGUCUGAUUGAGCUUGAGGGUUGGGAGCCGGAUGAUGACCCCUGGACUGAACACGUAAAACGCUCCCCUAACUGUGGAUUCUUAACCAUGAAGAAAGACUUCACCGAGCUAACUGUGGCUGAAUUCUAUCACAUGGAGAGGGAGAGGCUAAAGGUCUACCUCAGAAAGGUUUGUCAUAAGAAGAUGGCAUAUCUGCGGGAUGACAUAGACCACACGCUUGAGAGCCUCAGAUCUCGGUUGGACACCAUAUGA